AUAAUGUCCACUAGUUGAUUUAUAUGCGGGGAGGUUCGACAUGUCUACGUAAAUUUAUAACGCUGGAUUAGAUCUCCAAUAACAUCAUAUUCCUUCCGCGAGAUGUGAAUGUAUCCUCAAUGUAUCCUUUUGUUUCACAUUAAGGGAGAAGAGGAGGGCGGGGGUGGCAGUUUAAACUACAAAAGCGCUGUAGUCUACAAAAGUGAAAGUAAUGUCAAAAGGCACGCUUGCACAACGUCCAGAGCAGACACUAAAAGGGGGAAUCCUAAUGGUUACCAAGGCAACAUGACAAGUGACUUGGCAUGGAUCAUCAGAGCUUGUCUCUUUCAGGUGUGCCUGUGGAGAGCCUGUCUGUGUAAAGCGAAUGACUGCAUGCAUAACGAACUUCUGACAGAAAUGGUAGAACGUCUGCCAAAGGGCUAUUUGUUCAGAGUGAACAAAAGUGAGGAAAGAUUUGUUGCAAAAGCCCUUAGCAGGUUCUAUGGGGAGAACUGUAAGAAGGACUUUGAAUGCAAAGAUUACACUGAAGACAAAACAAAUUCUGCUGUAUGUUACUUACUGACCUGUCUGCAUGGGAAGGAACCUGAGUGUGUCUCCGAUGUCACAUACAGUCUAGCUGACGUGGAGUUGGUCAGUUUGAAAGGCUUCAAGUGUCUGGUUGAAGAUGCAUUCAAUCAGAAAUAUAAUUUGUCACAAGAACAAGAGGACGAAUGUGCUGAUGUUUUCGUUGAUGCAGUGAGAUGCCAAAAAGCAACUACACUUGAUACAAAAACUCCAACAAUAUAUACAACCACGUUACUCAACAUAAAUUACAAAACAUCGUCGAUCCCGCCCAAAACGUCAUCAUCAUCAACAACACCAUCACCAUCAUCAUUAACAUCGUCAACAAUAUCAAACAGCAACAUGGAGUCACAAGAGCAGCAAUUACAAAGGAAGGUCAUAUCAGUCAGUACAUUGUUAGCUAUCUCUCUGAUAGCUAAUAUCCUCCUUUUGGGUGUUGUCAUCUUGCGGACCCGGGGGAGACGCCAGCAUGAGGGCGUGGUGAGUGUGUCUCUUGCCAUGCCUGAACUGACAGUAUUUAACGGAGUAGAGGUAAAUCAUCUGAUGCAGAACGACAACGGAGAUGCUCUGCAGCACUGACCCCGUUCAGUGGAAUAAUCCAGCUCUCUUCCAUUUGCCCCUCGCUUUCAAUGGACAAAUAUAUAUCCUGAGCCAAAGAAAAGGAGCCAACAGUCCUGCCUCUCUCGCUCUCUCUCACACACACGCUUCACACUUCCAGGGCUGAGGCCACAACUCUUCUUCUCCUGCCACUGGGAUUCUGGAGUUACUGUUGCAGACAUUAAUAAAAUCUCCCCUCCGUGUGUUUUAAUAAGGAGAAUGGGAGAACUAAUAAAUGUCCGUCUGUCAAGAGUCUCUAAAGAACAAGACAUGGAUUAAGGGAACACGGUGGUCUUGAAUGUCACCCCUGCCUUCAGCUGUCCGUUCAGCCCAAAGAUAAUAUGUUGAUGUGAAUGGGAAGAAAACAGUGAGAUGAACAACAAGAUGAACCCUUUAGGGACAUGUGUUUUGUAUGUGAGAUUCUUCAAAGUAGACACCCUUUGCCUUGAUGACAGCUGUGUACAGUCUUGGCAUUCUCUCAACCAGCUCCAUGAGGAAUGCUUUUCCAACAGUCUUGAAGGAGAUCUCACAUAUGC